AUGUCGGCUCGGGAACAACAAGAGCAGGAAUUAGAAGCACUCGAAGCAAUUUAUUCAGAAGGCGAACUGACAAUCGAAAAUCGAGAAUAUCCUAAUAUUAGCCUUAGCAUUGAAUUAAAAUCGAAUCAAUUCGGGGAGCCCGAAGAUGACGAUUUCGAAGUUACAUUGCACGUAAACUUUCCCGAAAAUUAUCCAGAUGUGGCUCCAGAAUUAUCUCUUUCUGGAAUCGAGGAUAUCUUCAAAGAGGAAAGAAUUGAGGAGGUUUUAAAGAAACUAUACGCGGCCGCCGAGGAAAAUCUAGGAAUGGUUAUGGUUUUUGCAAUUGUGUCUGCUCUUCAGGAAGAAAUUGGAGAAUUGAUGAAUGACCGUAAGAAGGCAAAGGAAUUGAUAGUUGAAGCUGAAAAAGAGGCAAAAGAAGCUGAAACGAGAAAGAAAUUCGAAGGAACAGUAGUUACUCCGGAAUCGUUUAGAGCUUGGAAGGAGAAGUUUGACGCCGAGAGGAAGGCUAUGAUUGAAAAUGCUGAGAAAGAAAGGCUCGCACAGCUCGCUGGAAGACUCACUGGAAAACAAUUGUUCUUAAGAGAUGCUUCAUUGAAUUUGUCGGAUAUGACCUUGAUUGGGAAUCAGGAUGAUGUCGAAAUCGAUAAGUCACUGUUUGAUAACGAGGAACUCGAAGGUCUCGACAUUGAUUCUGAUGAGGAAGAUUAA